AAAUAGAUCAGUUCACAGUUAAAUAAUAAAUGAGCAAUUGACUCAAUGUGCAGCGUGCGUUAUGUCGAUAAUUAUCUGGUAAAGUUGUGCAGAGCUGUUUUUUCUCUCAAAACAAUGGUUGCCGGUAUUGAAUAAAACUUAAUUUAGAAUUGUUGGAUUUUCGUCUAGGUACACCAAAUUCAAAGAAAAUGAACACGAUUACGUGAAGCCGUUAUUGCUUUGUCUGGACAGAAAGUGGCAAGACUUAUUACUCAUCUGUGAGGCAAUGCAGUCAUACAUCGUUUUGCUGAAUUAAAGCAGGUACGCGAAGCAGUCGUUCUUCAAGGCUUAUUUCUGAAUAAAACUACUAAAUAAAGUCCGAAAAAUACAAUAAACUGAGGUAAUGGCACGUAGUGAGUAUUCUGGAGAAUCUAACGAUGAUUCGAGAAGCGUGUCCGAUGAAAGCAUCGAGGUCCUACGGCGAACAUCGCCUUCCCUGUCUGAUUUAGAUGAAAAUAUCACAAUACCAAAUAACAGGGAAGCUGGUAACAACAAUAAUGCUGUUUCUUUCCUUAAAUCACGUCUUCAAGAAGUUAUUGGAAAACUCAAUUCAGAUGAAAAUAUCACAAUACCAAAUAACAGGGAAGCUGGUAACAACAAUAAUGCUGUUUCUUUCCUUAAAUCACGUCUUCAAGAAGUUAUUGGAAAACUCAAUUCAGGAGGAUCAUGGAAUCAGUUGUUUCCAUUGUAUAAAAUGUUACGAAAAAUGCUGAAACGGAUAAAACGCUGCGAAGGAGGCAAUUUUGUAAGUUUACAGACCAACAAAAAACACAAACAGAUUAUAGAAGAAAACAUGUGUAGACUCAACAGAAACAAACUACUUACAAACGUCAAUUUACCUCAUAGCAGAAUUGGUGAAAAGUCAAUAAUGCUCAAAGAGAUAGAUAGCACCGGUCCUACAGAUAUUCACUUGCCGUAUAACAUAUUUGGUGAAAAUUCUAUUAUUCUUAACGAAAAAAAGAAUAUCGAAAGUACAGGGAACUACGAAUAUAGUCCACAACUUGCAGCAGAAUACUACUUCGCAAUCAAGACCUAUUAUAGAAAUGUUUGGAACGCAAUACUUAACUUGCAAAGUAUUUUCGAGUCACAGCCGACUUUAGUUUCAGAUAUUGAAAUAAAUUACAUUGUUGAUUCCGCCACAAUCAAUAUUCGUCAUAUGGAGGCAUAUGCUAUUCGAAUGGCUCGUUACGGAUAUCUCUCAGAAUACGAUGCAGUUGUUGAGCAUAUGGAAGACCAAUUUAUAAGACUAGGUCUUUUAGGAGAACACUAUGCACAACUAAACAGACACUACGAAUACGAACUCAUAGCAAAUUUGAGGCAAACCCUUGAACAUGCUCUGAUAAAUGUUCGACAGUAUGUUGAUUUGUUUCCACGACCUAUUAAGUAUAAUUCGACAAAGUCAAAAGACCGUCGUCCCGAAGAAGGUUGAAAUAAAUUUGAACAGACAGUCAUAUUGCUGGUUGGAUUUGUUUUUUGAUUCAGGCGUAUUUAUAAGCAAAGUGUUGAUCAUUGACGUUUGAAUCCGAACGCCUAGAGAAGUCGUGGUUUGGUUGCGGACUAUGUGGUGUUCCAUUCAGCAAAUGCGUUCGUCGGGACUAUGAUAUGAGAAGCUUUUUACAGGAGUUUGAAAUUGAAAACAUUUGUUUAUCAUAACAUAAAGCAGAUGUUUCUAUUGAACUAAACCGGCUGUCAUAAGAUGUUAAGUUUUGAGUAGAAAUGCACCUUAUUAUACUAUCCCCGCGACAGUCUAUGCUAUUUGCACCUGGAAGAGUACCUGAUCUUAUUUGAAAACAUAAUGACACGUUAGGUUGAAAUGUGAUUUUUUUCCUUAUCGAAUCGAAUUUAUAUGAAUAUUUAUCGGCGAAAAUGUUUUCCAUGUUGAGUUUUUUUUCUGUGAGACUAUGUGUAGUCUGAGAUGUUAACAACAACAAGAUCACACACAUAAUACAGAUUUUUGUUUGCUAUAUAAAUGUAACUAACCAGUUUGCGUAUUUCGAAUUUUUGGUGUAAUUGGAUAAGGAAAGCAUGUAUAAAUUAGUUUUUUGUUAUAUUAGGUUCUAGGGUAAUGGAUUAUGUAAUGGAUUAAAUAAUAACUACAAAAAGUAUGUUUCUAUAUGAUAAAAUUAACAUUUUUCGUGUGGAUUAUCAAACUACUUUGUCUGACUAUUAUGUAAUGUAUUUUUGUUUUGAAUUUAGUAAAUAGGUACACAUCUGCAGAUAUCAGAAAUAAAAAAUUAGUAAGAAUUAUUUUUAAAAUAUGUAUCACCUGUUCUCAAAUAUGGUAGCAUGGUUACGGAGUUUGUUAAAGACGAUCUUAUACAUUACAUGCACAUUAAGUUUUGUAAAAAUGCCUACGUCUUUUAACGAAAUACAAUGAUUGUGUAUA